UUGCCGACACGGCUACUAAAAUACUAAAAUAAAUUAUUUAAAAACCAUAAAAAAAACAAUAUCUAUGGAUUAACAAACUAGAAAAUUUAAAUAAUUAAACAAAAAAAAUUGAAAAGUAGACCUUCACAAAGAAAAACCACAACAAACUUUUCAUAUCGAAGGAAAGAAAAAAAGACAACGACUGCGACUCUAAACGGGAAGCCAAUAAAAAAAAACAGGAAAAAAGUGUUAAACUACUAGAGAAAAACCUCACAGAAUGGGUAUCAAUGUAAGCAGGCAGGCUGAUUUAGCCGGCAAUGAAUUGUUACAGAGAUUUGUGGGACGCACACAUAUUUCACACGAGGAUGUGGACUAUUGGCAAAAGUUGCUCAACUAUAAUAUUACCAUACCCGAGAAUACACAGGAACAAUUAAAUUUAGACUCACGCCUAGAGUCCCUAUGUCAAUCGUUUAUUAGUAACAAUUUAAAAACUGGAAAUUUUGGUUCACUUAUAACGGUGUUUUUAACUAAAGUAUCUGAAUUACUUUCCUUAUCCGAUCAGGAGAGUAACAUGCAUAUAUGGCAUACUUUUAAUGCUUUAUUCAUUAUACGCAGUCUGGUGAAAUAUAUCAUAGAGACUGGUUCGGAAUUUCAGUUAUUACAACAUUUUGAAGCCAUACCAAAUGAGGAAUUAUUAAAGGCUGAGGAAGAGGCUUUGGCAGCAGGCGCUCCUGCUGAAAGUACUGCCAUAGCGGUGGAAGCCACAGAGCAUGAUGAUGCGGCUGCUACUAUUAAGGCGGCUGCAGCAGCAGCGGCUGUCUUAGUGGAUGGUUCCAAGUUUGAGACUUUCAUUGAUGCUAUCUUCAAUUUGAUAGUGGUGAUUCCUGUCAAAGAAUUCACAUAUCAUUUACACUUGGAAGCUGUCAAUACUCUAAUCACUCUUCUCUCCGUGCACCUUUUUACACAACAACCAACCGAAAAAUCAAUUAUCUUCCGCACUGUCUACAAAUGUCAACAUGCAAAUGUUUUAAUGUCUGCCUUAUUACAUUUCGUCUCACGUUUAGUUGAGGUGCCUCAAACUAUGUUUGGUUCUUCAUCAGCCGGAUCAUUUGUCUUUGGCAUUGCAGAAUCUCUACUCUCUAUAUUCAGCUUUCGCAAGCAACAGGAUGUUUUAAAUACAACUCAUACGGUUGGUUCUGAGCUAUCACAACAAUUUCGUACUCACUAUCCGUUGGCCAAUCAAAGUCUUCUUUUGAUACUAAUACUGACCAAUCAUUGUACCACAAAAGAGAAUUCAUAUCGUAAUUCUUUGUUUGCAUGUGCUGAUUCUAAAGAUGUGGCCCAUAAAGAUGCAGCCACAUUUCAUAUUGAUUUUUCUGCGGUUUAUGAAACUUUAUGCCGUAUUGUCACUAUUGAUCAGGCGACUUUGUUAUUGUAUUUAUUACUGCAUCGUAAUGAAAGAUUUUAUCGUUUUGUCAUGGCUCAACAGGAUUUGGAAAAGUUGGUUACACCCAUUUUACAAACAUUGUAUCAUGCUCCUGAUAGCACCUCACAUCACAUUUAUAUGUCAUUGAUUGUUUUAUUGAUACUAAGCGAAGACGACAGCUUUAAUAAGAAUGUUCAUAAUAUAAUGCUUAAAAACAUUACCUGGUAUACAGAACGUACUAUUUCAGAAAUAUCUUUGGGAGGUCUACUCAUAUUGGUUGUCAUACGUACUAUACAAUAUAAUAUGUUGAAAAUGCGUGAUAAAUAUCUACACACCAACUGUUUAGCUGCUUUGGCCAAUAUGUCGGGACAGUUUCGUAAUCUACAUCCAUAUGUGGCUCAACGUUUGAUAUCAUUAUUCGAAACAUUGGCCAAGAAACACACACGUUUAGAUGCCCAACUUAAGGAGCCCGUUAAUAGUGCAGUUUUUGUUAAUGUCUCUACCACACCGGAAGAUAUGUUACAAGAUCUAACCGUACUCGAAGAGGUGUUACGUAUGGUUUUGGAAAUACUAAAUUCUUGCCUUUCGAAUCAACUGGUCUAUUGCCCCAAUUUGGUUUAUACUUUACUCUAUAAACGUAGUGUAUUUGAGGGCUUUCGUUCGCAUCAUGCUUUUCAGGAUAUUAUUCAAAAUAUUGAUAUGGUGGUGGGCUUCUUUUCAUCACGCUUACAACGCGUGCAAGACCAACGCGGUGAGCUGGGAGUUAAUGAAGUAUUCGAGGUCAUUUCCAAGGGAGCCAGUCAAUGGUCUAGUGAUCGCUUGAGGAAAUUUCCUGAUUUAAAAUUCAAAUACGUCGAAGAAGAUGCACCCGAAGAAUUUUUCAUUCCAUACGUCUGGACUCUAGUGUGUAAAUAUGGCUGUGUACACUUUAGCUCUGAGAGCAUUAAAGGUGUUACCACUGAAAUUUCCUGCUAAUAUACACUCGAGUUUGAAACAUGUUUAUAAUAAAGAAAAACAAUAAUAUUUUGACUCCUUUUUAAAUUAGAGUUAGUUUAAUACCUAAAAUAAUAUAUAAUCUAUAGUCCAGAAAAUCUUACUUUUUUUUUACAUAAUACAUGUAUAUUUAAAGCUUUUUAUGUUUCUAUAUUCAUAUGCUUUUUUUCCCCAAAAUAAUAUUAACAAAGCUGCUUUUUAAAAGAGUAUUUUUAUUUUGUAUAUGUUUUAUUUUCUAUAUUUUGCUAUUAAAUUUUAAGCUCUUCAUUUCAAAUGCAGUUCAAUGAACUUAAGAGUAUAAUAAGAUUUAAUAAUACAAUUACAAUUACAACAAUCAUAUUAUAAUAAAUGUAUAAUUUCUCAAUAAUUAAAGAAAAACCAUAGUAUCAAAAACACUUUAAAUAAUUUCAAUAUCAACUUCUUAUUUUUUUGUUUCACUAAAAGUUUAAUUUUUAAAAUGAAUUAAGGACUAACAAUACCCUGGUUAUUAAUAGCGAAUAAAAGUUACAAAUAUAUAUUUACAAUUUAUUAUUACUAUUAUUGUAUGUAUGUUGAAAUUUAUACUAUUUAAAAACUAAUAAUAUGUAUUUAACCAAUUCCAAAAAUCUUUAUAU